AGACGCGUUUAGGUCAAUCUUCCAGCUUCUGCCGUAAAGUCGGUUGGUCGGACGGUGCUUGACUGACGGCUGGGAAGAUGGCGCUGCCGGGGAUGCUCUGGGGGAUUGCCCGCGCGUGGAGCCUUGGCGGUUGCCCUCGGGCCGGCAGGGUCCUGGGAUCUUCCAGUAUUCCUCUUCUAUCAAAUAUGUGCAGAUCUUUCGGGUACAGUACAAAGUGGGAAAAAAAGAACAACAUCACCUAUCCUCCACAAGGGCCAGAUGAGCCUCGAAGACCAGCAGAAGUAUACCACUGUCGAAGAGAUGUCAAAUACGACAAGGAAAAGAUGUGGUACCUGGCCAAAUUGAUACGGGGAAUGACCAUUGAUGAAGCACUGGCUCAGUUGGAAUUCAAUGAUAAAAAGGGCGCAAAAAUAAUCAAAGAGGUUCUUCUGGAAGCCCAGGAACUGGCAGUGACAAAAUAUAAUGUAGAAUUUAAAUCCAAUUUAUAUAUUGCUCAAUCAUUUUCUGGAAAAGGGCACUAUGUAAAAAGAAUCCGCUACCAUGGCAAAGGCUGUUUUGGGAUUAUGGACAAAGUCAAAUGUCAUUACUUUGUGAGAUUAGUUGAAGGACCACCUCCACCUUCAGCACCUGCAAAGACUGGAUUUGAUCAAGCUAAGGAGUACAUUGAACAACUUCGGAACCGAACCAUAAUUAAUACACUAUGACAGCUCUCAUAAAACAGUUUAUCUGUUUUUCCUUUUUGAUUAAAAAAAUGUAAAUAAAGUACAUUUUAUAAAUAAGUUUUCAAUUUCCUAUUUCUGAAAACAGUCAUACAUCAUACAUUGGUAUUUAGGAAGGGAGCUUUUGCUAAUGGAAAGCUUUUAGAAUUGGAAUGGUGGUUAGAAAAUAAGGGUUUUUUUUGUACUGGAUAGUGGAAGGCAAUAUGUCCAAUACUUCUAAUACAGGCAGAACAUUGUCCUGAUAAGUGCCUGCAUUGGAAACUACUUGGGAAUCUUGUGGAAAAUUGAAUUUCAUCAGAGAAGAAAGAUUGGAUGUAAAUAAAGCAAUUCCCAAUGUUGAACAAACAAAAAACUCUUAAGAGAAAAUGUACCCAAUAUUCCAACUAGAUUUUUAAAAAUGUCAGUUGUCUUUCAUAUUGUAUCAUUAAAAUAUGAAAAAUAAGUUUGUUUUGUUGAUUAUUGGAAUUUAGUUUCACGAUUCUUCAUUAUCUUCCAAUUCUUCACAGGGACUAUGUAUUUCUGAACAGUAAAUGAGUAAUGCAAUGAAAUUUCAGUGCAAUAAAACAUGAUUACAGA